AUGGACAUCAAGAUGCUCAGGACUGCUUGUUUGGUGCUCGUUUUAUCAGGCUUGUGUGUAGGUGAGGGUGUCUUACCCCCGGGGCCUCUGAGCGGAGCUGUAGCGGGCAAAGUGAAGUUCACCACCACCCUCAGACCUCCCGAGACUCCGUUCCUCUCGGUCAGCUGGAGCUUCAAAGGGGUGAACAUCAUCACCUCCACCAGCAUCAACAUCACUGAGCCCGGACAUGCCAACAGGAUCACAAUGGACAGAGCCACGGGGGCCCUGGAGCUCAGGAACCUGGUGCUGGAGGACAGCGGGGAUUACACCAUCACCAUCAUACCAGACGGAGGGCUGCAGAAACAGGGGAAGACCACCCUGAAUGUGUAUGCGAUGAUAACUGGAGCCAUCAUCCGCAGCCCCGCGGCCAUCUUGAUAGAAGACAAAAGCUCCACCAACCUCAGCUGCGAGGCUUCCGGCUCCAUCAGCACCAGAGAGUGGAUGAAGGACAACCUGCCGCUGUAUCCGAGUGCCAGAGUCACCUUCUCCAUGGACAACAAGACGGUGUUCCUGCAACCCGUUCACAAUUCCAACCACGGCAUGUACCAGUGUCGAGUCAGCAACCCAGUCAGCACCAUGACUGUGGCCCAUGAGCUCACGGUCAACUUUGGACCACAUAACAUAUCAAUUACUGGGCCGUCAGCAGCCGCACCUGGACAGAGAGUCACACUGGAGUGCACAGCAGACUCCGUCCCACCAGCAAACUUCAGCUGGAUGUUCAACGGCAACGACACACAUGCAAAUAACUCCAUGUACGUCAUAGAGAGGUUGGAGGCUGAAAGCAUAGGGAACUACACCUGCACUGCCACGAAUAUGGUGACCAUGCUGGGAAACUCCACGAUUCUGCAUCUGAGAGCAUCCUGCAGUGCUCCCCGCUGGUCGUUUUUAUUGCUGCUCAUCAGCACACUGAUUCUGAGAGGGUUAAUGUAA